AAAAAAAAAAAAAUGGAAAAAGGAAGGAGAAAAAAUUCUCUACCAUUUAUUUAUCAAUACUGUUUCGCCGGUUGUCACACUUUCCGCGGCAAAAAUGGCGAACAGCAUCGACGUGAAUGCUUCCGAUCAGUUCCCGACGAUCCUGGUCACCAACGACGAUGGAAUUGACGCACCAGGCCUCCGGUCUCUGGUCCGCGUCCUCGUCUCCGCUAAUCGCUAUCGUGUCUUGGUUUGUGCUCCGGGCUCACGAAUUGUUCUGAGAUCCGAUCGCCGUUCUGAUCUUCUUGACGUUGAAUAAUUACUAAGUGUUUGUUUUAGUGAAGUUUUGCUUGUGGAUAAAGACAAUUGCGUGAUGGGAAAACUCAGCUGUCAGUCAUAGCAUUACUUGGCGUCAUCCUAUUUCUGCAAAGCGAGUAGACAUCGAUGGAGCAACAGCUUAUGCAGUUUCUGGUUUCUUUUUCUUUUUCUUUUUUCCUCAUUAAUGGUUUCUUCUUUUGAAUUUCAGCUGAGUCUUAUCAUGCUUUUGUCUCUGGUUAAUUUGUGUUAGUAGUAUAAUCGAACCUCCACUCAUGCAUUGUAAUUCAGUCUACAUUUGGUUCCUCAGAGUAUAGAAUUUCCCAAGUUCAUUGUUUUAUGAUUCUGCUUCUUUUUAAAUAAAACUUAUACUGAGAGAAAAGCACUUGGGAAAGUAAAUGAAGGAUUGAUCUUCAAAUAGAAAUUUGUGGUCUGCUCUUGUGGUUAUAUUAUAUAUCUGGGAUUCUACUGCAACUUUUUUUGGAAGUUUGUUUUUUCCCCUUCCCAAAGAAAUGGGUCCAUUUGUUUUGUUUUAAUUUUUGAGAUCAUCUAUGCCUUGAGAGUUCAAUUAUUCAUCAGCAUCUCAAAUUUAAAUCUCUAACGGAUGUUGUUCACUGGUUUCAGUAAAUUCGUGAUGAAACUUUAGUGUCGUGUAUACUUUGCAGGGACGCCAGCAGAUUGCGCUUCUUUGGGUAUCUCAGGAUCUCUCUUUCCUUCAGUUCCUGAUCUGGUAAUCAGUGGCAUAAACAUGGGUAGCAACUGUGGUUAUCACAUGUUAGUAGUUUGUUCUUUUACUCCUUGUCCCUUUGCAUAUUAGUUAUCUUAUGAUAUUGUUGACAUUUAAGCUGUAGAAUCCUUAGUUCUUCCUUAACCUUUCAAAUUUUAAGUUCUGUUAAGAGUAUGGAGAGGAGAAGAGAUUCAAGAGAAUAUAUAAUGAUAGUGGUGUCUGAAACUUUUUGUUCACCUGUUAUGAUAACAUGUGGAUGAGUUUGGUUGUACAUGCAGCCACUCUAUUCUCCCCUUCUAAUAUAUGCAGUUUGCUACAGAUCAUCUUCAGUAUGAUGGUCAAAAGUAAGAUUCAUCAGACCUGUUACUUUACUUGUAGUAUGUCUGUCUAAAGUUCUUAGGACUUAGAAUUGUUUCAAGGUUCUUUUGGACAAUAAUAUUUCUUUCUUAUGUUCUGGAGUAAGCAUUAAGAGCAUUACAUUAUAUUCCUGAUGCACAUCAUCAUCUUUCCAGAAAAAUAUAGAUUCAAUAAGUGAUCUAAUUUAAGAUUUUGAGAUACCACUUACUUGUAACAAGUGUUUACUCUGGCACAGUUGCAGGCGCUAGGGAGGCCUUCUUUAAUGAUAUACCUGCUGUUUCUAUGUCUUAUGAAUGGUAUGUAGUUCUUUCUAUGGCAACAUUAUGAUUUUGGAAGAUGCCUUUUCCUAUAGCUUUUUAGUAUACAUCCAUUUGUUCUCUAGUAUGAGGAUUUUAGGUUCACAAGUCUCUUUUAUCUCUUCCUAUAUGACUACUCUAGUUAUGAAAUUUCAGGGUU